GGUCGCGCGGAGCGGGGACGGUGACAGACACGGGCGCGUGUACGCGCUCGGCUGCAGCGCGUCUCCGCGUCCCCCGUCGGACCCUGGGAAGCGGACGGGAUUUGGGCUGCUGCUGUCUAGGGGCCCUGCUCCCGGGCGUCCUCUGUCCAACUCCCAGAGCGCCGAGCGGCGCCCGCACCGUCGGUCCCGGCUCGUGUCCUCUCCCCGUGGCCGGCAGGGCCCGCCUCCCGACACCCCUUUCCGCUUUAGGGCAGGGUCCUUGCGGCCCAUGCGGGCCGCUGGGGACCUACACCACUCACCCCGCUUCGGGAUCUACCUACCUGCCACCAUGGUGGCCUUGAAGCCUGUGCGGCUCCUGCAGGGGGGUUAACCGGCCCAGCGCGCAGGCCGUGGGGGCACAGGUCACGGGCUCUGGCCCCGCACCAUGGCCGGGGCCAUCGCUUCCCGCAUGAGCUUCAGCUCACUCAAGAGGAAGCAGCCCAAGACGUUCACCGUGCGAAUCGUCACCAUGGACGCCGAGAUGGAGUUCAACUGCGAGAUGAAGUGGAAAGGAAAGGACCUGUUUGAUUUGGUGUGUCGGACUCUGGGGCUUCGGGAAACCUGGUUCUUUGGACUGCAGUAUACAAUCAAAGACACCGUGGCCUGGCUCAAAAUGGACAAGAAGGUACUGGACCAUGAUGUUUCAAAGGAAGAGCCAGUAACCUUUCACUUCCUGGCCAAGUUUUAUCCAGAGAAUGCUGAGGAAGAGCUGGUUCAGGAGAUCACACAACAUUUAUUCUUCUUGCAGGUAAAGAAGCAGAUUCUAGACGAAAAGAUCUAUUGUCCUCCUGAGGCUUCUGUGCUCCUGGCUUCUUACGCUGUCCAGGCCAAGUAUGGUGACUAUGACCCCUCUGUUCACAAGCGGGGAUUUUUGGCCCAGGAGGAAUUGCUUCCAAAAAGGGUAAUAAAUCUGUAUCAGAUGACUCCGGAAAUGUGGGAGGAGAGAAUUACUGCAUGGUACGCGGAGCACCGAGGCCGGGCCAGGGAUGAAGCAGAAAUGGAAUAUUUGAAGAUUGCCCAGGACCUGGAGAUGUAUGGUGUGAACUACUUUGCAAUCCGGAAUAAAAAGGGCACAGAGUUGCUGCUUGGAGUGGAUGCCCUAGGGCUUCACAUAUAUGACCCUGAGAACAGGCUGACCCCUAAAAUCUCCUUCCCGUGGAAUGAAAUUCGAAACAUCUCCUACAGCGACAAGGAGUUUACAAUUAAACCACUGGAUAAAAAAAUUGAUGUCUUCAAAUUUAACUCCUCAAAGCUUCGUGUUAAUAAAUUGAUUCUCCAGCUCUGUAUUGGGAACCAUGACCUCUUUAUGAGGAGAAGGAAAGCUGAUUCUUUGGAAGUUCAGCAGAUGAAAGCCCAGGCUAGGGAGGAGAAGGCUAGAAAGCAGAUGGAGCGGCAGCGUCUUGCUCGUGAGAAGCAGAUGAGAGAAGAGGCUGAACGCACGAGGGACGAGUUGGAGAGGAGGCUGCUGCAGAUGAAAGAGGAAGCAACAAUGGCCAAUGAAGCUCUGAUGCGAUCUGAGGAGACAGCCGACCUGUUGGCAGAAAAGGCUCAGAUCACAGAAGAAGAGGCAAAACUGCUAGCACAGAAGGCCGCAGAGGCUGAGCAGGAAAUGCAACGCAUCAAAGCCACAGCCAUCCGGACAGAGGAGGAGAAGCGUCUGAUGGAACAGAAGGUUCUUGAGGCAGAGGUUCUGGCGCUGAAGAUGGCUGAGGAGUCUGAGAGGAGGGCCAAGGAGGCAGAUCAGCUGAAACAGGACCUACAGGAAGCCCGAGAAGCAGAGCGGAGGGCCAAGCAGAAGCUCCUGGAAAUCUCCACCAAGCCCACAUACCCGCCCAUGAACCCGAUUCCAGCAUCGCUGCCUCCCGACAUACCAAGCUUCAAUCUUAUUGGUGACAGCCUGUCUUUUGACUUCAAGGAUACUGACAUGAAGCGGCUUUCAAUGGAGAUAGAAAAAGAAAAGGUGGAAUAUAUGGAGAAGAGCAAGCAUCUGCAAGAACAGCUCAAUGAACUCAAGACAGAGAUCGAGGCCUUGAAACUAAAGGAGAGGGAGACGGCACUGGACAUCCUGCACAGCGAGAAUGCAGACAGGGGUGGCACCAACAGCAAGCACAACACCAUCAAAAAGCUCACCCUGCAGAGUGCCAAGUCUCGCGUGGCCUUCUUUGAAGAGCUCUAGUAGGUGACUCGCCACCCAUGACCUGCCACUGCUGCUCCGCACCAGCGGGAUGGUCAGACACCAUGGGAACUGCCAUGGGAGAGCUGGCUGGGAGUUUCUGUGAAAGCUCCAGAACUUUCCCCUGCUGAGUACAGAGCCCAACCCACUUCAUGUGCAAUUGCCUUGAACUAUGACCCUGCAGAAAUUUCUCAGGGGUUCUAGUUCUCCUGACCCAUGUCUUUCAUUUUUAAAAAAAAUAAGUAUUUGUCUUUCUU